UUGACGUUGGUCGUCAGCGUGAACCGGAGAAUCAGCCAAGAGAUACCAGAACCAGGGCUAGCUGUUGAACACAGACUAACUUCCAUCAUGGCAUUGAGAAGCGCUGUGUGCCGUCUCCUGGUGAACCCUCACAGAUUCGCCACCAUCUCUGCUUCCAGAGCACAGGGAAGUGCAGCACCUGCCAGGCAUGAAAAGACUGAGCAGAGGCCUAAAGCACCUAAGGUCCAGUUCAACUGGCGGGAUGCCCUGGAGCUGGAGGGCCAGCUGACGGAGGAAGAAAUCUUGAUCAGGGAUUCCUUCAGGACCUACUGCCAAGAGAAACUCAUGCCUCGCAUCCUGCUGGCAAACAGAAAUGAAGUUUUCCACAGAGAAAUUGUGUCUGAGAUGGGAGAGCUGGGUGUCCUGGGUCCAACUAUUCAAGGCUAUGGCUGCGCUGGGACAAGCUAUGUGGCUUAUGGUUUGAUCGCCAGAGAAAUAGAGAAAGUGGACAGCGGCUAUCGCUCAGUUAUGAGCGUGCAGUCGUCACUGGUCAUGCACCCCAUUAACGCUUAUGGCACAGAGGAACAGAAACAGAAGUACCUCCCCAGUUUAGGAGCACAGUUGUUGAAGUUCUUGCCAGCACUUUCACUGUGA